UGUAACACGUUUAAUUUAAAGAAAAACCGAUUAUUUAUUUUGGAAGACAUAAAUUACCCAGAAAUAGUUCACUCAACGUUAAAAUAAACCGAACAUUGGUCCUUCGAGCCGGAUGGUCUCAAGAAGCAAGGAAAUUGGUCAGAAAAGCCGACAAGAAUCAACUUUGUGGAAUUUAUUGUCUUUAUAGCGAAUUAGGUUUAAACCAGUUUUAAACAAAUACGAUUAAAAACAAACAGCUUAUUAUCGAUAUGACAGAAAUUGAGAGAUUAGUACGGAGACGAGCAGCCUUUAAGGCUCAGAUAACAAUCCUAAACAAUUAUCUAAACGAGUUAGAGGGUAAGUUUAUAAAUGCUAAUAUAACCGACGAUAUAAUACUUACAGAACUAUCACAGCGUAAAGAUCGAUUUAUCAAUUUAAUUGAGAAACUUGAUGAGGUACAAUUGCAAAUAGAAGAAAUUACCACAAAUUUUGAUGUAGAACUAGAUGAACGCACAGCAUUUGAAUCAGAUUUCAAUAAAACAUUAGCACGAGCAAGGUAUUUCUUGCAGAAAAGUAAAACGACUAAUAUUGAACAAGACAAUGAUAAUCUUUCUUCUCAAAGAUCAGAAACGGGUUCUGAUAAUGUGGCCUUAUGUCAAAAUUUAAAUAACCUCAAACUCCCAGCCAUUGAAAUUCCUACUUACGAUGGUGAUUACGAUACUUGGCUUGAAUUUAGAGACACGUACGAGUCACUAAUUCAUACAAAUGUUAAUUUAUCUGAUAUACAGAAAUUCCAUUACCUUAGAGCAUUUUUGGGUCCGCGUGUAAGAGAGAUUAUUGCUAGUUUGGCAUUUUCUGCUUUAAGUUAUAAACCUGCUUGGGAAUUAAUUUGUAAUCGUUUUAAUAAUAGUCGUAUCUUAAAGCAAAAUCAUGUUAAAGCCUUGUUUAAUCUCAAUCUAAUUCAUGAAGAAUCAUCUCAAGCUUUAAGAAAACUUAUUGACAUUGUAUCUAAGCAUUUAAGAGCCCUCACCAUUUUAGACGAACCUACAAACACAUGGGAUACAUUGGUAAUAUAUUUAAUUUCUAUAAAACUAGAUAAUGAGACAUUAAAGCAUUGGGAGGAAGCAAAAUCUGGUUAUGUAAAUCCAACUUUAGACAAUUUAACCACAUUCUUGAAGCAUCGAGCAGACAUGUUGGAAACAUUGGAACAAAGUAAGAAUUCUAAACGAGUCAUUCCAAGGUCAAAGGGUGACAAUAAAACAAAAGCCUUUGUUGCAUCAAAACCGUACUGUGUAUAUUGCAAAAAGGACCAUUACAUUCAAAAUUGUGAGGCAUUUGUAAGGUUAUCAAUCGAACAAAGACGAACACAAGCAAUGAAGAAUCACUUGUGUCUUAACUGUUUAAGGUUGGGUCAUACAAGUAAAAUGUGCUAUGCAAGUUCCUGUAAAACCUGUAAUGCUCGACAUAAUACCUUAUUACAUGAAGAACGAGUAUCCAGUUCAGAAAACGAACAGACAGUUAAUUUAUCAUCACAUAUUAAUUUUAAUGGAGAUCAGGUACUUCUUUCAACAGCAUUACUAAAGAUUUUUGAUAAAAAUGGGAAAUGUCAUGUAGCACGGGCACUUUUAGACUCAGGUUCUCAAAGUAGUUUUAUAACCGAAGACUUUUGUAAUAAGUUACAGUUUGAUGUAAUACCAACCAAGAUAACAGUAAGUGGUUUGAGUGAAGCUCAAUCUAAUGUGUCAGGAAAGAUUUCUAUACAAGUACAUUCUAAGGUAAACAACUUUUCAUUUAAAAAUUCUUUUCUAGUUAUAAGAAACAUUACAGAAACCUUGCCUAAUUUUAAAAUUAAUAUCAAAAAUUUGAACAUUCCAGACAAUAUUAAAUUGGCAGAUCCUCAUUUUUAUAAGCCAGAGAGAGUUGAUGUGCUUUUAGGAGCUGACUGUUUCUGGAACCUUAUGUGUGUUGGACAAAUCAAGUUAAAUAAUGGAUUAUUAUUACAAAAGGGUAAAUUAGGUUGGGUUAUUGCAGGACGUAUGCAGUCAAAUCCUUGUACCACGACAAUACGUAAUUUUUCUAAAGCUAAUGACAUUGACAAGCAGCUCACUCGUUUCUGCGAAUUAGAAGAGUUUCGACACUCCAAACCACUGUCAAACGAAGAAAAAUUGUGUGAAGAAGAAUUUGUAAGGACUUUCAAACGUGACAGUGAAGGACGCUUUGUAGUAACUAUUCCUCUAAAACAAGGUCCUGAAGUCCUAGGCGAUAAAUACGAUAUAGCAAAACCAAGGUUUUUAUCUCUAGAACGAAGAUUUAAACGAGAUCCUGAAUUCAAGAAACGUUAUAUCAAUUUUAUUAACGAGUAUAAAAAUAUGAAACAUAUGUCCAAGAUAGAACAUCCAGAUAAUGCAACUUUUAGUUAUUACAUGCCCCAUCAUGGCGUUAUAAAAGAAUCAAGUUUGACUACCAAGUUACGGGUAGUAUUUGAUGCUUCAUGUCCAAGUAGUAGUGGAUAUUCUUUUAACGAUUUGCAACUUGUUGGACCUACAAUCCAGUCAGAUUUAUUCUCACUCCUGCUGCAGUAUCGAACGUACAACUAUGUAAUUAGUGCUAUAUAG